CGUCCGGCCAUCUUCUGCACUCUGUCAGUCGUCGAUCCAUCCCGUCUGGCCCAUGUAUUUUAUCCUCUAGGGGCUGACACAGCCGCUGCAAUUCGGCCAUGCCUCGGAAACCCUCUCUUCCCAGCUCUUCCCUCCUCUCCCCCGGUGGCUACGACGAUGACGCCUCUUCGCUCCGAUCGCUGUCAGAGCAGGACUCUGACUCCGAGGACGACGAGAUCCUCCGCGGGAAUCGCUCGACGCUAGAGCUUGCAGAACAUGACCGGACCGUGCUCGACGAGGAGGAAGAGAUGGAGAAGCUGUUGACAAAGAGUGGGCCGGGGAAGGGCCUCCGGCGCAUCUUCAGUGCGACCGGGGGAAGCGUGAAGAUCGGGAAGAGAGAACGUCGGCGCCGCCAGAGACAGGAGAAAAGAGAAAAGCAACGGCUGAGGAAGAAGGUCAGCGAAGAUGGGCAGCUGAUGUAUGAGAUGGAAGAAGGCUACUUGGAUGACGAGAGUACUACUACUCCUUCAUCGGAGAUGGAUCUCGUCGACCGCGAAGAAUAUUCGCUGCCACAGUCCCGCUCCUUACCGUGGGGAAAGCUUUGCUUUCUUUUCAUCAAUGUAAUUGUGCUGUUCCUCAUCAUCCUCCUGGGCGCAUACAAGGCCUCGAGCGGGUUUCGGAAGGCGCAUAGCCACCCCAAGACACUACGGUCAAACGGCACGGCGCUUUUUGCCCCUACAACUAUCUUGAUCUCUCUGGACGGGUUCCGGGCGGAUUACUUGACUCGCGGGCUGACGCCGACCCUCAACGCCUUUAUCAAACAAGGCGUCUCGCCACCCUAUAUGCUCCCAAGCUUCCCCAGUGUGACGUUCCCCAAUCAUUUCACCAUGGUGACUGGUCUCUAUCCGGAAAGUCACGGCGUAGUGGGCAACAGCUUUUGGGAUCCUGUCUUGAAAGAGGCUUUCCACUACACCGAUCCAUCUCACAGCAUGCAGCCCAAGUGGUGGAACGCCGAGCCGUUGUGGGUGACGGCCGAAGAUCAGGGCGUCAAAUCCGCCGUCCAUAUGUGGCCUGGUUCAGAGGCUCAUCUCGGAGACAAGGAGCCUUCGUUUGUGGACAAAUUCAAUGGGUCCGAGGUGCUUCCCCGGAAAACAACCCGGAUUCUCGAGUUGCUCGAUUUGCCGGGGUUGGAGGUCGAGUCUGACGGCAGUGCUCAGCGGCCCCAAUUCAUCGCAGCCUACGUUCCCAACGUCGAUGCGGAAGGCCAUAGGCACGGACCUGACAGCAUCGAAACCCGACGAGCGAUCCGAAAGGUAGACGACAUGUUGACCGGCCUUUUCAAGGGGAUCCACCAGCGAAAUCUCACCGACAUUGUGAACAUCGUCGUCGUUUCCGAUCACGGGAUGGCCACCACAUCUACCGAGCGGCUCUUCCAGCUGGAUAAUUUCAUCGAUCUAGAGCUGGUCGAACGUAUCGACGGAUGGCCGUUGCGUGGCAUUCGCCCCAAGCGCCCGGAAGACCUGCAGACUCUGAAGGACCAACUGGCGAAAAUCCCCUCAAACUACACCCACGCAGUAGAGAUUUACAGCCGUGAGGAGAUGCCUGAACGCUAUCACUUUUCCAAUAACGAUCGUAUUGCACCGCUAUGGGUGAUUCCGAAGACCGGCUGGGCCAUUGUCGAGCGGCCGGAGUUCGACGUCCAAGACGCUCUCCAGACAGGGCGAGCCUACCACCCCAGAGGUGUCCACGGAUACGACCAUGAGCAUCCGUUGAUGCGCGCCAUCUUCGUGGCGCGAGGUCCUGCUUUCCCCCAUUCGCCCAACAGCCGCUUGGAACCGUUUCAAAACAUUCACGUCUACAAUAUUCUGUGUGAUUCCCUCGGGAUCAACCCAUCGCCCAACAACGGAACACUCCGUCUGCCUCUCAAGGUGGUUGGACUGCAUUCUGACGAAGGCGCUCCUGCUCCUGACACUCCUGAUUCCCCCACCGACAACGACACCGACACCAACCCUGUCCAGGCCACGGAACCUGACUCCACUGAACCUGACGCCAACCCGACUUCUGAAGAUGAGCCAAACCGUACCUGGUGGGGAACCUUGUGGGACGAAGUCGGGGACAUCAAGAACUGGGCCAAAGAGCUCUUCAAGGCAGAGAAAGACAAUCACCCUUCUUCCUGAUAUGCCUUUUUUUUUUCUAGAAUGAUAACGUCCCUGGGUUUACGGUUUAACCUUUGGUUUCUUGGCUAUUUACUGUGGAGGCAGCAACGAGUAAGCUCCGUCACGUGGCCAUCGGGCUCCCGAAUGGGGAAUAGCGGAUCUGCAGCCUCGUGCGUCAAAGGCGAGCUGAAGCUGAAGCUGCAGAAAGGCUUGAGAAAUGAAG